GAUGUGAAAAAGAUGGCGACCGCUGUGUGGUGUUUGAGAUAUUAAAAGGCUUUUUUCCGGACAAACGCUGCCAAGAAUUCGAUGAGAAACGUUCGAGUUGUUGACGCAAAAUGUAAUUGAAUAGUGCAGGAUGGGAUUUUUAUUAUUACAAGUGAUUGUUCCUGUUUUGUAAUAAGAUUUGACACAAGUGUCGUUUUGUUUACCACGUCGGUCUCUUGUGUAACACCAUCACAACGGGAAGCCGAGUACGAAAAAGGGACAAAACCCCUCUCCCCCACUUACCCCUCAAAAUUGAAAACGAGACUGGAGAUCAAGUGAAACCGGACUUUGGCCCGGUGAAAAAAGACUGGUAGAGAUGCUGAAGCAAUUGCAAAUGGGGAUGAGAGCUUUUCUCUUGAUAGCCUCCCGUGUGUGGACAUGCAUCUGUUUUCUACUGAAGAAGCAGGUUAGAUCCAUUUCUCAAAUGCAACCAGUGAAAUAUGAAAUCUUCCCAUUGUCUCCAUUAUCCAGGCACAGACUUAGUAUAGUCAAAAGAAAAGUUUUGGUCCUUGACUUGGAUGAGACACUCAUUCAUUCUCAUCACGAUGGAGUAGCGAGACCAACAGUCAGACCUGGAACACCACCUGAUUUUGUUCUGAAGGUGAAAAUUGAUCGACAUCCAGUUCGAUUUUUUGUACACAAAAGACCACACGUUGACUUCUUUUUGGACAUUGUCAGCCAGUGGUAUGAAUUGGUAGUAUUUACAGCUUCCAUGGAAAUUUAUGGAGCCGCUGUUGCUGACAAAUUAGACAACAAUAGGGGUAUAUUGAGGCGCAGAUAUUAUAGGCAGCACUGCACGCCGGAAAUGGGUUCCUACACUAAGGACUUGGCUGCAAUUUGUUCAGAUUUAGCUUCAGUUUUUAUACUUGAUAAUAGUCCUGGAGCUUACAGAGCAUAUCCAAAUAACGCGAUUCCAAUAAAAUCGUGGUUCAGUGAUGCUAGCGAUACGGCGCUUCUUAGUUUACUUCCUGUUCUGGACGCCCUUCGUUUUACGCAAGAUGUGCGAUCUGUUCUUUCGAGAAAUUUACAUUUACAUCAUACGUGGUAGCAUAUUCAUCAUCCAUCGUUUUAAAAAAUUAAAUAGAAGUAAACCGCUGACAGUUUAGUGUGUCUAGGACAGAUUCAUUUGUUGUUAUUAAAACUAGAUACAUUAGAAUUCUAUCCAAUAAUGAGACGGAGCCCUCUUUUUUACACUAAUUUUUUACAGUAUCUGUUAUAAACGGAUAUUCUAUUUAAAAGAAAAUGAAAGAAGAGUCUACUAGACAUUGGGAUGAGAGGAGGGGGACCGUCAGCCAAUAUUUAUGUUAGCACAAAAUUACAUAAAAUAAUCUUCAUUUUUUUAGUUAAUUUUUGUUUUUCCAAUUUAUUACAUUUUCAAUUUAACCAAAGAACAGACUUUCGAGUAAAAACGACUUUUUCGUACAUUUUUCUGUAAUGAAUAGUAUUUAAAGAAAUGCCGAUAUAUCUACGGAAAAUGCGAUUAUCGUGAAUCGAAAAUAUUGUCAAUAGUAGCAGAGAAUUUAAUUUUUUUGUAAUUUGUUAUUGAGUGUGCGUCAAAAAAGAAAGAAUAAACUUUCAGUAAAUGAUUCUGAUUGCAGAUGUAAGCGUAAAAUAUAUUUCUAUUUUCUUUAUUAACAACAAUUCAUCAAUGAUUGGCAAUAUUGACAAUUAAUUUUUAAAUUAAUU